AUGGCGAAAAACAAGGGCGCCAAGCCUCCCAAGUCGCGGCCCGCGUCGACAUCGGCACUGUCUCAGCCAUUAAAGUCAGAGCAUGGUGCUCAAAUCACGGCCUUCUCGCAUGACACGGCUCUUUUUGCGCAGGUCACGCAGGCUGUCGACCGAGCUCGUCUUCGUGUCUAUGCUGCAGACAAAGCAGGUGUCUUGGCCGAUUUUCUUCUUCCCGAGACCACUGCCUGUCAUGCACUGGCAUGGGUCUUGCUCGAUCCGCAUACUGAAACAGAGGGACUUUCUUCGAAAAAGCGAAAGGCACUCGCCAAAGCUGAAUCGCAGAGCGAGUCAUCCGCUUCGACACCAUCCGAGCAUGUGGCUCUCGGCCUGUCGGAUGGCUCGAUACUUAUCUACUCACCGUACACUGCACGUGUGGUGUACGUCCUUGUUGCCUCGAUGCAAGACAGCUCGGCGUCGGCCUUGACGUCGUUGGCGUUCCGCGAUGACUAUCUGUGGGGUAUGACGGCAAACGGCUGGGUCCAUGGCUGGGCCAUGUCCAAGCUCGGAUCAGCUUCACAGGUCGAGCGUGUCCCACCCGCGAAGCACUUUUUGCCGGACAGCAAGUCGCCCAUGUCGCAUCUCGCCUGCGCCGAGCCUGGCCCAUCUCACUGCCUGAUCACAGCACACCACGCAUUGGCGCUGUACGACGUGCAGCCUGACCGUCCAUCGCUACUACAUACAUUUACGGGACAUGCAACUCCCGUGCAACAUACGGCAUGGACAGGCGAUCAUUCCUUUGUCAGUGCCGCAGCCGAAGACCGUCAUUUGUACUGCUGGUUUACGCACAUGUCUCAUGCCGGUGCGAUGAUCACGCUCGAUGCACCGGCUCGUCGGCUGCUGGCGUGGAUGGAGACAGAUACUUGCGUGCUUCUCGUCGUGUCUGAGCGCGGCACAGCCCAGCUGUACCGCAUGCCGCACGAGGCCCCCAAAGCCAAGGGUCUGGCCGUGCUCACACCGUGCGCCCAUAUCCAAACAUCGUUCGAUGCCUCAGAGCUGAUCGAUGUCACUCGCACACCGGGAGGCGUCCUGCGGUAUGCACGCGUCGUGAAAGGAUUUAAGGUCGUGCUGGACGAAGCACCCUUGUAUGACGGCGACGCUCUCAAGUCGGUGAUUGCUUUCACCACUAGUGCCGCUACCAAACCUGAUGUUGCAUUGAGUGGCACGCAGCGGUACAAAGAUGUGCCUGGUGCAGCAGGCACGCGUGUCGAGCUUCCAGCGCACGCAGCUGCGACGGCAUCACUCCUUGGCACAGAGGGUGGUCUCCUGCCCGAUGAAUCAGCGGCGGAUCCGCACGACGAGGCACUGCAGGAUGGCGACAUGAAUGAGCCAACGCUUGCUCAGCGACUCAAGGCUUUGAAGGUCCAGCGCGGCGAAGCUGCGACAAGUCGCGGUGCAGACGGCAUGGAUGACGAAGACGACGAAGAUACAGCCGCGCCUGUGGGCGGCGCCUCGCUAGCGUCGUCUUUGACUCAGGCGCUGCACUCGGGCGAUCAUGCUCUGCUUACGUCUUGUCUUGUGCACUCGGAUCCUGUGCUCAUCCGCACGACAGUGCGCCGUAUUUCUGGACCGCUGUCCGUGCGCCUUCUUGAGGCGUGUGUUGACCGCCUGAACCGCGGUGGUGUUAAAAGCAAAGGAGCUCUGGGCAGUGCCCGGGCGCGUGGCAUUGUAGAAUGGAUUCACCAGACACUGACGUUCCACACUGCCUAUCUCAUGUCGCUUCCGAACCUCGUGUCGCGUCUGUCACAACUGCAUCACAGCCUGGCUGCGCGCCUCGCGUCGCAUGAACGACUCCUCGCUCUCAAGGGCCGCAUGGAGCUUGUUAUGAACCAAAUCGAUAUGCAAAUGUCGUACACGGCUGACGAGGCCAACAUGUCCGUCCAGGGCCAAAAACUGGGGAAGCGGUCAUCAGCGUCAGAAUUAGACGGCCGGCAACAAGCGGUGCAUGAGCAGCAGCAGGGUCAUACCUGGGUCGAGCCGGACGAUGACGAAGAGCAAGUCGAAGAGAUUGGUCUUUCCGGCGGCGACGAUAUCACCUUCGAUGACGAGGAUGCGGAGCAAGAUGUCGACGAGGAUGUGGAAGACAUGGACGAAGAUGAGGUCGAUGAGGAUAGUGAUGCGUCUGUCGACGACGACGAUGAAGACGAAGACUCGGGCAUGGACGAUGACGACGAUGCCUCCGACGACGAGGAGGACGAGGAUGACGACGCCCUCGACGAAUAA